UCCCAAUCUAUCACAUACAAGCACACGCUGAGGGCGACCGCCGUCACUGCAUGUUCUCUGGUGUUUGAAUCUUCCCUUGCGCCGACCGUCCAUUGUUGUCGCGCUAUUCAUCGCAUUCCGUAGCUCUUAGCAGGCCCUCGCCAAUCGUCACAUGUCAUCGCGCCCACUCUUGUUCUCCACAUACACACGCAUACAACUAUCAGUAUGAAGUCGCUAUUCCUACCGCUAUCUCUAGGCGCUGUCCUUCCUGCGGGAUUCGUGGCUGCGUAUGAUGAUGUGGUCCAAGAACCUCUUCGAAAUGCCAUCGAUCCCACCAAGUACCGCGCAGCAUGCCCAGACUACAAACAAUACUCGAUGCGCUCACAUCUACCCUAUAGCGAAGGCCCUCUCGAGCUCCCAUUCCAAAGACCGUCCAAAUACUGCCGCACAUUCGAAUCGCCGUUAGUUGAGACAGUAAUCCAGAACAUGAACAACAACAUGGUGGACAAAGAUCUAGCUCGCAUAUUUGAGAAUGCUUUCCCUAACACAUUAGAUACGACUGUCCGCUGGCACGUGGACAACACCCCGCAACACAAGCAUGGAUCAAGAAGCUGGGAGAAGGGCGCGUGGACUGGGCCACAGAGUUUUAUCGUCACCGGCGAUAUCAAUGCUGAAUGGCUACGCGACUCGACGAACCAGCUGCAGCAAUACCAACCACUCGCUAAGAAAGACAAGGAGAUCUUCAAGCUGAUUCUGGGAGCUAUCAAUACACAGGCGGAGUACGUCAUUGGCUCGCCAUAUUGCAACGCUUUCCAGCCUCCAGCACCGAGCAACCUGAACCCAACGUUCCAGGACCAAGCCGAUGCCGUACACCCAGAAUAUGAAGCCUCUUUUGUUUUCGAAUGCAAGUACGAGCUGGACUCCUUGGCUCACUUCCUGUCUCUGGCCAAUCAGUUCCACCGGCAUACUGGCUCUACCGCCUUCAUCAAUGCACGCUGGCUGCAGGCCCUCGACACCGUCUUGUCUGUCCUGGACGAGCAAUCUCAGCCGACCUUCGACGAAAAGACCGGCACCUACCACAAGAAUGCGUACACCUUCCAGCGCCGCACAGAUAUCGGCACUGAAACCCUGGCGCUUGGCGGCGUUGGCAACCCCCUCGCAUCUGGUACAGGUCUCGUGCGCUCCGCCUUCCGCCCCAGCGACGACGCCACGAUCCUUGGCUUCCUCAUCCCCAGCAACGCAAUGAUGAGCGUCGAGCUGCAGCGCACAGCCGACAUCCUCCACAAAGCAGGAAAGAAGAACAUCGCCGAGCAGCUCUCAGCCUGGUCUGAAAAGAUCAAGAAGGGCGUCUGGGAACACGGCGUGGUAACUCACAAGAAAUACGGUCGCGUCUUCGCCUUCGAAGUCGACGGCUACGGCUCCGCCAUCAUGAUGGACGACGCCAACCUGCCUUCUCUGCUCGCGCUCCCGCUGCUCGGCUUCAUCAAGGCGGACUCUGAGGUCUACAAGAACACGCGCCGCAUGAUCCUCGAGAGGCAAGGGAACCCGUACUACCUCUCCGGCGCCGGGUUUGCCGGCAUUGGCGGCCCGCAUAUCGGCCUGCAGCACGCGUGGCCGAUGAGCGUGCUUAUGCAGGCUAUGACGAGUGACGACGAUGCGGAGAUUUUGCAGCUGUUAGAGAGCGUGAAAAAUGUGAGCAGGAACGGUUUGAUUCACGAGAGUAUCCAUGUCGACUUUCAAAGAGACUAUACGAGUAAGUAUUCUAUGUCUACUCUGCAGAUGUGUGCUGACAGCCGCAGGACCUUGGUUUGCAUGGGCGAACUCUGUCUUCGCGCAGACCAUCCUCGAUCUCGCGAGGCGGAAGCCACAUCUCCUCUUUGGCGAGGGCGCAGAUCCGUAUGCACUGGACUAGAAGCCCGGGGUCGUAGCGCGUAGUGGUGGCUUCGAAGAAGCUGGAGCGCGCGGCGGCGACUAUCUCCUGGCCUGUAUGUCGAUCGUGCUCGGUUUUGCUAAUAUUGUUGCUUGCAUGCUUGUAAGUCACAAGGUUUGACUGCUGGUGGUACCCAAGUAGGCGGUGACACCGGCG